AUGUUUCUAAGGCUGACAAGUGCAAUUUCUGCUCUCUGUUUUGUUUUAACAAUUUUCACCACGGCUACAAGCAGCACCACUGCUCUCCCCAAGUCAAAUGAGACAGACCGUCAAUUGUUGCUUGCUAUCAAGGACUUGGUGCAAGGAGAUGCUUUUCCAGUUUUUCGCUCCUGGAAUCACUCCAUCCACUUCUGCAAGUGGGAAGGAGUUAAAUGUGGUCGUAAGCAUCAGCGCAUGACCAUUCUAGAAUUAUCAUCCCAAGGAUUGGUGGGUUCUCUAUUCCAUCAUGUAGGGAACCUUACCUUCCUCAAGACGAUUGAUCUCGGCGACAACAACUUCCAUGGUACCAUCCCGAAAGAAAUUGGAAGGUUGUUUCGCCUACAACAACUUAUUCUUGCAAAUAAUUCCUUUGAAGGCAAACUACCUACCAACAUCACCGGUUGGUCGAACAUCAAAGAAAUAAACCUAGUUAAUAACAGCCUUGGAGGAGAAAUGCCUGUUGUGGUGAGCCCUCUGUCUAGUCUCACACGGCUGGUACUUGGUCGAAACAAUUUCAGAGGAUCGAUACCGGCCUCAUUCGGAAAUCUCUCUGCGCUGUCUGUGCUUUCUUUGUCAUUCAACAAGCUAUCCGGAAGCAUUCCUUACGAACUUGGACGACUUUAUAAAUUACGGGUUCUUCUGCUGCCCUACAACAACUUGACUGGCAAUGCUUCUAGACUUUGGAGAUUCGAAAUUGCACAGAAUUCAAUUAACGGGCCAAUACCAAAAAGUCUGGGAAACCUUAAUGAUCUUGAAUCAUUUGGGGCAGCUAGGAAUCCACUUGAAACUAAGAGUGGGAAUGAAUUAAGCAACAUUAUCAAUACGCUUUCCAACUGUUCCAAUCUGCGAGCAUUGGGUUUAGGUGCAAAUAACUUUAGUGGUUUGUUGCCCAAUUCCAUCGCAAAUCUCUCGAAAGUUCUGAGUCAGUUGUAUAUAACAGAAAACGAUAUUUCUGGAAGCAUACCUGUUGGGAUUGGGAACCUUCUGAACUUACUGAUUGUUUCAGUAUAUGGGAACAUGCUUAGUGGCAGUAUACCUGAAUCCAUUGCUAGAGGAAAAAUCCCAUCGUCUAUUGGAAACCUAAGCCAGCUAAGCAUCCUUGCCAUCUCUGACAAUAAGCUAGAGGAAAGGAUACCCGAUUCCUUGGGAAAUUGUAAACGUCUUCUACCACUUGAUCUCGGUUACAAUAACCUCACCGGAACGAUACCUGGACAAGUCUUCGGGCUUUCAUCCCUAUCUAUUGGUCUUUUCCUCGGUGGUAAUCAAUUAACAGGACCGAUACCAAUGCAAAUCGGUAACUUGAUAAAUCUCGGAUUGCUGGACUUACAAGAAAACAAAUUAUCAGGAGGAAUCCCAACAACUCCUGGCAAAUUCCAAGUGUUGGAAAUCCUUUCUCUUGCGGGAAAUCAUUUUGAAGGUGGCGCUGACGUGGAUGCCGGGUGGCAAGUGAGUCACACGGAGCGGUUCCGAUCGGGUGCAACUCGAGCCUACGGGUGCGUUGGUUCGUAG